ACUGAAGUUUCUUUAGUUUCUCCAGCGAAGUCAAAGCGCAUAGUAGCGCCAACUGCAUGCGGAUAAACAUUGGGUUGCACAAUGUCCAAAAGGAGUCCAGUUAUGUUAUUUUCCAUUUGUUUAUGGAUUAUAGUACUUUCGAACCCAGGGAAGGUUGGUGCGAGGAAACACGACGAGUCAUUCUUCACCAGUAGCGUUUACCGAGCAAGAUGCGCUUCGAGAUGUCUAAGCCUUCACAUCACCCGCAUAUCGGCGUUCUUCAAGCAUUUUCAGAGUAAUGGAUCUUUGGCAUGGUGUCAAAAUCACAAACAGUGCUCAAAGUGCCUGGAGCCCUGCAAAGAGUCUUGGGACCUGAAGGAGAACCAGUGCCAGGACUUAUGUGAGCCGCUUUUCCCCAAGAAGCACUACGAGUGUCUGACGAGCUGUGAGUUCCUGAAGUCCGUGGAGUCGGCGAAGCAGGGCGACUGCCCCGCCGCGGAGAAGGCCAGCGGCUUCGCUGCCGCCUGCGUGGAGAGCUGCGAGGAGGACAGCGAGUGCUCCACUGUCAAGAAGUGCUGCUCCAAUGGCUGUGGACACACCUGUCAGCUGCCCAAGAACCUCUACAAAGGAGCGCCCCUCAAGCCCAGGAAGGAGCUGGUGUUUUUGGAGCUCCCCUCCGGACAACUGGAGAUCCGCUGGUCCUCCAAAUUUAACAUCUCUGUGGAGCCGGUUCUCUACGUGGUCCAGAGGAGGUGGAACUAUGGCAUUCACCCCAGCGAAGAUGAAGCCACUGAAUGGGAGACUGUUGCGCAGACUACAGAGGAGCGAGUCCAACUGGCUGACAUCAGGGCCAGCAGAUGGUACCAGUUCCGAGUGGCCGCCGUCAACGUCCACGGGACCCGUGGCUUCACCGCCCCCAGCAAGCAUUUCCGCUCCUCCAGAGACCCCUCCGCUCCGCCCAGCGCGUCCAGCCUGAAGGUCACCAACAUGACAGUGGGCGCUGACGGCCUGGUGACGGCUUGUCUCAACUGGACUCUUCCAGAGGAGCCAGACAUCCCCGUGCACCACUUCAAAGUCUACUGGAGUUGGACCGUUACUGGCAAGUCUGUGGUGCCGUCCAAGAAGAAGAGGAGGAAGACCACCAACGGGGCCAAAACCUCUGUGGAGCUUGAAGGUCUCCAGGCCAACAGCAGCUAUACAGUGGAGCUUCAGGCGGUGACGUACUGGGGACAGGUGCGACUCAAGAGCCCCAAAGCCUCCCUUCACUUCAGCACGGCCCUCUACAAUGAGUCAAAAGAUCCACUGUCCAAGACAAAGAAAGAAGAUGCUCCCGCUGUCAGCUCGCUACCAGGCAAACGACCAGCAGGCGCUCUCGAAGUGGGAACACCCUUCUACCAGGACGGCCAGCUACAAGUCCGCAUUUACUGGAAGAAGAGAGGAGACCCACUUGUGAGUCGCUACCACGUCCAAUGGGCGCCGGAGUUCUGCAGCCAUAAUGAAACCAAAGGACCAGAGAAGUCUGUCACCCAGGAGAACUACAUCAACCUCCCAGGCUUGCUGUUCUCGUGCAAGUACAAAGUAACUGUCCACAUGAUGAAGUCAAAGAGACGCUCCAAGGAUGAGAGCAUCACAUUCCUCACCCCAUCUUGUGCUAUAAUUAGGAGCAAGAGUCUGAAACCCAUCCACUGCCAUGGAGAACCAGUUUCAGGCCAUCCCAAAGUUCUGUCCAAACCUGAGAACCUGACGGCAGCCUUCUCCAUCCAUGAGGGGAACAUCACAGGGAACUUCUUUUGGAGAGUGUCUGGACCACAGCCACACCAGCGCAUCACAGGCUUCCAGGUCACGUGGGCCGAGGUCACAACGGAGAGCAGACAAAACAGCCUUCCCAACAGCAUCAUCUCUCAGUCCCAGAUCCUCCCCCCGGAUCACAAUCUGUUGGUAGUUGCUAACCUCAGGCCAGCAACAUACUACAGGUUGGAGGUGCAGGUUAUAACCACAGGAGGGGAGGGCCCUGCUACGAUGAAGACCUUUCAGACACCCAGCGUGUCUCCUCUUCUUCAGCACCGGCCACGACUCAGGCAGCACCAUCAGCACCACCAGAAACCAUCAGCAGAGAAGCACUGAGGGGUGGCUGGCCAGAAGGACUCCGUGAAACCAGCUCCGGCAUCAUCAGCCUCUCAUCCACAGGCCGAUCGCAGCACACAGACCGACCCCAACACCAGGGGGGAGGGGGGAGGGCCUGCGUCUCGUCUCCUCUCCUCCCCAGCCCUCCAUGGCCUGGGUGUCUGCCUGCUCCAGGGCUGAUGCCUCUCAUUCAGUGGAGUAGCUCAGUGCUUUCAGGAAAAAAAAAAAAGGAUGGAAGAUUUUUUCUUGUGUCCCUUCUUCCCCUACCCCCUCUCUCUCUUAUUUCCAUGUGCUGUGCAAUGUUGUCAUCUUCAUGGAAAGCACAAACAAAUGUGGUCAGCGAUCCGUCCUGUUGAUCCAUCAUAGUUUUUAUCCAUUAUGUAUAUUUCUGUUUCUUUCGCCACAAAAACUCAUAAGUAUAUCAGGGGAAAUAUCCAUAUUUUUUCAUGUACACUUCACAUCACUUUCACAUCAGAGACACUUGGAGGCAAUGGAAUGAAUACCAUGCGAGUGUUGAAUAGAAUCGAGCUUUGCAGCAGUGAAAAAAGGACUCCACCUAUUUAUUUUGUGGUACCGCACCAAGUAUGCCUCUUAGGCAUACAGAAUAUAUGAGUCAUGUAACUAAAGCGCUGUGUAGACCUGAGGAUAUUACAUUUAGGUUGAUGUUGCAUGUAGAAGUACAUCUCAUUUUUAAGCUGUAAAUGUGUACCUAGCUUCAAACUGAAUGCUCAUAUUGGUUUUGCAUGGGAGACCUUAUUGUUCAGUAGGCAUGAGAAUACAUCUGUGUUACCUCUUAUGAAUAUGUUAGCAAUAUUCCAUUAACAGAUUAACAGAAAAUUAUUUGGGGAGUAAUAUGUAUUGUAUUAUUAAUGAAAUUAUAACGUUUUGUGUGGACAUGAUGAAACUGUAUAUGCUCUUGGCUGUAGAAAUAUUUGUUGUGAAGCAGUCAUUGAAUGUCUUUAUUUAUUUAUGUGUGUAUUGAAAAGUUUGAUUUGUGUAUGUGUGUGUGUAUUUUUGUGCCCUCGUCUAGACCUUUUUUGAACCAAUAACUCUGUAAAGACAUUUUGUAAAAAAUCAAAUUGUAAAUAUAGUCUUAUGUUACGUUAUUUUUCCAUGGUAGACCCUGUACAUACUGUUAAGUAAUAAAAUAAUCCUUAAACUCCA